CCAAUAGUCUCUACACACUCUUUUUCUCCCUUAAUCCUUUCUCUCUCGCCUUUUUCUAUCCACCAUGACGGCCAAGGACAAGGAUUGCGGCAACCACGGGAAAGGCCGCCGGAGACUGAUCCGAAGUAUCAUCGCUUGCCUCCUAGUCUUUCUCCUCAUCGUUCUCAUCACAAUCCUAAUCAUAUGGGCCGUCCUCCGCCCCACCAAACCCCGGUUCCUCCUCCAAGACACCACCGUUUACGGCUUCAACGCCUCCACCUCGAAUUUCCUCACCUCCAAUUUCCAAGUCACCGUAUCGUCUCGAAACCCGAAUGACCGAAUCGGUAUCUACUACGACAGGCUCGUCAUCUACGCCACUUACAGGAACCAACAAAUCACCCUUCGGACAUCACUCCCUCCGACAAACCAGGGUCAUAACGAAGUCAGUGUCUGGUCUCCUUUCGUGUACGGCAACAUGGUCCCUAUAGCUCCCGAUUUCUCGGCGGCUUUGAAGUACGAACAAGCUGCCGGCUCGGUUUACGUGGUGAUCAAGAUUGAUGGACGGGUGAGAUGGAAGGUUGGGACCUUCGUUUCGGGAAGAUAUCAUCUUAACGUCCGAUGUCCGGCUCGUAUUACUUUCGGGAGAAAAAGUAAAGGAGUUUCCGUCGGAGAAAACGCUGUUAAGUAUCAGCUCGUCACCCGGUGCAGCGUUACUGUGUGAAGACCGAUCAAGACGAUGAAGAAGAACAGGCAACUAACACCGUCAAAUGUAUCCUUUUUAGUAUAUUUAUUUAUUUAUUUUUCCUGAUAAGAGAAUGGAAAUUGUAGAUUUUGCUAAAGAAUAAAUUAACAAAAUAAGAAUUAAUU